AUGUUCUUCUUCCUGCUCAACCUGGCCCUCGCUGACCUGGGCUCUAUCUGCACCACUGUCCCCAAAGCCAUGCACAAUUCCCUCUGGGACACCAGGAACAUCUCCUACACUGGAUGUGCUGCUCAGCUGUUUUCCUUUAUGUUCUUCAUCUCAGCAGAAUAUUUCCUGCUGACCAUCAUGUGCUAUGACCGCUACGUGUCCAUCUGCAAACCACUGCACUACAGGACCCUCCUGGGCAGCAGAGCUUGUGCCCACAUGGCAGCGGCUGCCUGGGCCAGUGGCUUUCUCAAUGCUCUCAUGCACACAGCCAAUGCAUUUUCCCUGCCCCUGUGCCAUGGCAAUGCCCUGGGCCAGUUCUUCUGUGAAAUGCCUCAGAUCCUCAAACUCUCCUGCUCCAAAUCCUACCUCAGGGAAAUUGAGGUUUCUCUUUUCUCUAUCUCUAUAGCUUUUGGUUGUUUUGUUUUCAUUGCUUUCUCUUAUGUGCAGAUCUUCAGGGCUGUGAUGAGGAUCCCCUCUGAGCAGGGACGGCACAAAGCCUUUUCCACCUGCCUCCCUCACCUGGCUGUGGUCUCCUUGUUUCUCAGCACUGGCUUUUUUGCCUACCUGAAGCCCCCCUCCAUGUCCUCCCCAUCCCUGGAUCUGGUGGUGUCAGUUCUGUACUCGGUGGUUCCUCCAGUCUUGAACCCCCUCAUCUACAGCCUG